UGCCUCCAUUUUCUGAAUUAAUUAAUUAGUGAAACCAAAACUAAAAUCAACUAUAGUCGCCACUCGCCAGUCUCGUUUCAGUUCUGUGCCAUCUCUCUGUUUCUUUCAAAUUUUGAAGUAGCGAGAAGCGGCAAAUUGAUCGAAGCAAAUCCAGGCGAUGGCGGCGACCGAUUACGAACCAGCCAAGCUUCUGCUGCCGUACCUGCAACGAGCCGAUGAGUUGCAAAAGCACGAACCCCUCGUCGCUUACUACUGCCGAUUAUAUGCUAUUGAGAGGGGGCUGAGGAUUCCUCAGAAGGAUCGCACUAAGACCACCAAUGCUCUCCUCGUUUCCCUCAUGAAUCAGCUCGAGAAGGUCAAGAAGGCGGUGAAGUUAGGACCUGAAGAUAACUAUUUUUUGGAGGGAUUCGCCCAAAAUUUCUUUUCUAAGGCUGAUAAACAAGAUCGUGCUGGACGAGCUGACUUGAACACAGCCAAGACAUUUUAUGCAGCGAGCAUUUUCUCUGAGAUUAUAAUCAGUUUGGGCCUCUGCAAGCUGAAAAGCUGAAGUAUGCAGUUUGGAAGGCUGCAGACAUAAGGAAGGCAUUGAAAGAGGGAAGGACGCCCAAGCCAGGCCCUCCUGUAGAUGAUGAAGAUCUAGCGGUUCCAUCUAGUGGAUUUACCAAUGGGCAUGUAAGUUACAGUUCAAUCCAGCUUCUUCUCCACUCUGAUUUCAAAGUUCUGAAAGAAGAGGGAACAAAAUGAAAAGGUGUAGGUCUGGCCUCCACCUAGUCGUGGAAAUGACAUAACAUCUGAUUCUGUUGUGCCCUAAUGUUGAAUUUUCAGGAUGUUGGACAAGUGGAAACUUCGGCCACCACAAUGCAAUCAUCAGAGUCCGAUCCAUCGUCCCAAUUCCACAAUCAAGGUGGCAGUUGCCAUUCAGCAGACGUCCCGCAAUCAUCUCUGUUCCAUGAUCAGGCUAACCACCAACAACAUCCUUCACACUUGAUGCCACAAUCACCACCUCAGUCAUAUGGUUCAGUGGGCAGGGAGCAUUCCGCACGGGCUCAAUCUCAUCCUCACCAGUCAUAGGACUCGUUCGACAGCCAACAUUCUGGCGGAAACAUCUUGCCUUCGCCUCCACCUCCACCUUAUACUGGUGCUGCUGGGUAUUCACAAGAAUUCUAUCCAUCAGAGAACCCCACCUAUUCCCAGCCACACCACCAUAUGCUGCAGAAUUACCCAUCAUCUCAUGAUAAUUUCCUACUCUUACACAAACUUCCAGUCAUAUCCAAGUUUCGCAGACACCAGCCUCCCUUCCGUGCCAUCCCAUAAUCCAUCUUAUUACCAACAACAAGGGUCUGAUUCCACCACGUACAGUUCUCAGUCUGCUCCGACACGACACCUGCUGCAGGCUAUCAUCCUCCACCAGCGCUGCGUAGUUCAAGCGACAGCAGCAGGAUGAGCUCGGCGGAUGCAUCCAUCCCAACUUCUGCCGCUGCAGCAGCAACGUACCAGCAGGACAGUAGCUACCAGCCUCCACCUGAGAAAAUUGCAGAGGCAAGAAAAGCGGCGAGAUAUGCAGUCGAUGCAUCUGAUGUGCCUGUGGUCGUGGAACACCUGAAGAAGGCCCUUGAGCUGUUAACUAACCCAUCUGCUGAUCCAUAAGAGUUAAGUGAGGCUUCUGUCUGAUCGGAUUUGCUUUCUCCUUUCAUGUGUUCAACCAUUUAUGAGAUUCGCCCAGGCUUAUGAACUCGUAUUGAAUCCAUACCAGUUCAACAGCAAACUUAGGCGUUUUCUUACCAUUCAAGCAAAGGGUAGAUCCACUUCCAGACACGAGAACAGCCGCUUCAGCUCGACGCUUGAUCAGCACCUUCUUCCAUAUCCAGGAACCGGUAAACUGUGAUAGGGAGAGUCCAUACUGAUCUGUGUUCGUUACGAUACUUUCUAACCCAAGCAACCCAUAACGCCCCACUUCGGCAAGUACAUUCCAGAGAUGCCUGAUUAUACAAGCACGAUUCUAUACCCAAGUCUCGAAUACCCGACCCACCUUCCCCAUUCUGUAAUGCAACAAACUCCCAAGCAGUUA